UGAACUCAACAAUCCACCUCGAUUCGGCCUUCCACCACGAACUCCAUGAGCAACGCGCCGCCCACGAGGAUGAGCACGAGGGCAGCGAAGAUGAAUGGCAAGGCCCACGCCAACGUCGUACCGAGGGUGAAUACGACGAGGCCGAUGCCGCCGAAAAAAUGGCAUACAAACCAAAUUGAUCACACCAAACGGCCAGAACCAGACCAGCGCGUAGAAGCCCUCGAGCGGGAGCCACCUACAAUACCAGGAAGCCCGUGGCCACCUACAGCAACAGAAAGCUCCCCGAACAAGGGAAAACAAACUGCAGGACGAGAUGAACCGCUCCAGGUAUGGAAUGGGGAAUUUCGCAUGUAAAUCAAACCUGCACGAAGACAUCACCAAAAGACGAGACAACACUGACACGAUCGAGGCCCGACAUCUCGCUCCCACCGUCGUCGAUUAUGGAGCGGCUACCAUGCAACCUUUAGAACAGCAGGCCUUCUCUAGGGGCAAGUGGUUGUCCCGUCGGUGUCGACGAGCUGCUGGGCACAACUGGCUCCGCAUCGGCCACGGAGCCUCCCACGCCCAAAGAACCAGCGGCUCCCCGAGCAGCAGCAAGCAGGACACCACCACGGACACCCGCAGCGUCGGACUGCGGCUCCCAGGCCGUGCCACAAGAACCGAAGAGCUUGCCAGACACGUGCUUCACGACGGGCACCCCGCUCGCGACACCGCCGAACUGCUGCUCCUCGACCUCCUGGCCUUCGGUCUCGGCUUGCGCGGGGAGCGUGGCCGCGAGACGACCUGCGCCGCCUCCUCGCCCAGCACGGGCCUGGCCGCACACCCAGCCUCUCGACGGGGCAGCAGCGCAGGCGCCGAGCCGUGGGCCAGCUGCUGCCCAGGCGGUCCCAUCGCCCGCGGCUGCGGCGAAACCACCAGCUGGCGCGAGAGCCGCAUGCCAGGCCGCAUUUCGCCGCCUGCGUGUGGCUCCUGGCAGUGCCGCGCCGGCCGACAGGAGCUUCAGCGCGGGCUGCGCCGCCAGCUCCCUGUCUUGCCAGGCGCCUGUUUCGCCGACGCAAGCACGUGCGCGCAGCGCAGCAUCGAGAGCAUCCCGAAGGCGCCGACGAGCAGCGCGGCGAGCCGCCGUCGGGCUGAGGGCGACGAUGCCGGCGGCACGCAAAGUGCUGGGCUACCGCGUACUGGGGUAGCCCCCCCGCAGCCAUCCAAGGCGUGCCCGCCGCCGCCGCCGCCGUCGCCGAGCCGCCGACCAUGGGCGAAAAAGCAGCGGAGAAAGCUGGGAACACGGCUUG